AUGGAUUAUUGUGAUAUAGAUAAUAAAGAAAAUAAUUGUUAUAAUGGUAAUUAUAACAUUCAUUGUUUAAUACAUAAAAAAGAUUUAAUUUUUGUGUGUGAAAAUAAAGAAUGCGAAACUCAAUUAGCAUGUAUUAAAUGUGUCACUACCACUCAUAAAGGUCAUUUAUUAACCGAUUUAGAUGAAAUCAAUAUUAACAAUAAAGAAAAAAUUCAAAACUUAAUAAAAGAAUUCAAACUUCAAUUUCCAAAAAUUUCUAAUCAAAUCAGUAUAAAUAAAACCAAUUUAAAGAAAAUAGAAGAUAUCUAUAGUAAAAAAUCAAAAAUAACUAAACUUGAUACUGACGGUGUAGCAAAUAUGUUUUCAGAAGUAAAAGAAUUAGUAUUAAAGACUGAAGAAAACUACAUAAGAGGUAUUGAAGAUAACCAAAUGGAUAGUGAAUCAAAUUAUUCUAAAAUGAAAGAUGAAUUGGAAAUGGGAACUGUAGUAUUAGAAAAAAUAUAUGAAAAAUAUAAAACUAAUCAAAACAUUAAUGAUUCAAUCAGUAAUAAUGAUAAUAGUAAUAGCCCAUUCGACAAUAUUGAUUUUAAUAAUAAAAGCCACAUUAUCGAAAUAUUGUAUAGUAAUAGUAUCAGCAAAUCUAAAACCAACCAAAACAAUAGUUUUAGUUAUGUCCCCUACAAUAACAAUACAAUAAUAAGCUCGUGCACUGACAUCACCUCUGCAAUCAAAACAAUUCUAAGAUCCAAACCAAGACCAGUACCCAAUGUAAAUAAAUUACCAGAGUUUUUUAUAGUUAAUAAAAAUAAGAAGGUUCCUUAUUUUCAUCAAGGUUAUAAAAAUUUUGUUGGUGGAAAUUUUAUGGCCAUUAAUUUUUCAUUUUGUAUUAAUUUAAGCUUUAAUAUUUCAAGUACUAUUACUGAACUGUAUCUUGUUGAAGGAAGGUGUGAUCAAUUUUUAAAUGCUCUUUCAAAUUUCAAUAUGAAUUCUGCCCAUUUACAUUUUUACGAUGUUGAUAUUUGUUCAAACAUUAAUGUGUACAUCAAAUAUUUCCAUUUUCACAAGUAUAUACUAAAUGAAUUGUUCAAAAAUCCAAACAACCUCUGUAGCCCAACCAUCCACAUAUACGAACUAGAAAAGCCAUUGACUUCAGACUCUAUCAAAGGAAAAGGAACCACCUUACAUAUUCACGAAGAGUAUGAUCAUCCAAUUGCACCUGGUGUAUUAACAAACAAUGGAAUCCAAUACCUUUAUUUGUAUGAUAUUAAAAAUGGUUUACCAAGAGGUUCGCUUCCAGCUGCUUUAAACCAAUUAUAUCUUGAUGGAUACAAACACUCUUUCAAAGAAAUCGUACCUGAAAACCUAACAGUUUACAACAAGAUAAAUGGAGCAUGGCAACUUAUCACCAAUGAUAAAUAUUGGUAA